UUGGGUUGUGUCGUCGACUGGGUGAGGUUGGUUAUUUUUAUAUACAGCUGAAAGGAACACUAUUAGAGACAUUUACGAAGCAAAAGGCCAGUAAAAGAAUGGCACAAGCGACCCUAAUUAUUCUGUUAUCGGUGAUCACGGUGAUACACGGAAGCAACCAACGGAUGUGUGGGGAGCAACUGGCCGAUACGUUAAGUCUUGUAUGCAAUGGUUCAUUCAACAAGCGAUCAGGCUUACACAAUAUCAAACGAGACGGGACGUUACCCGAUGGUUUCAAACGUUCUGCUGACCAGGGAGUCGUGGAAGAGUGUUGUUUCCGAGAACAGGGAUGUACGUUGGCCACCCUUCAGAGGUAUUGUGCUGAACCUGUAUUUUAUGACUACGCGGACGAAACUGGAACUACUGAAAAUACGCAUGAACAGGUAACUGAAGCACCGCUAGUCCACGGAGAUCAGACUGAGACGGCUCAUGACGAUAUCACUACUCCGUCGACGUCUGAACUUUCCAGGGAGCAAGCAAUUGCCGCCCGCUUCCUUCAGAUAUUUCGUUCCGGCGCCAGAGGUCGCGGCAAUAGCAGCAGGCGUCGGCCAUAUUGGUUCUUCUUACCAGGUCUGCAGCUCGGUCAAAGAGCCACACGGAGACCAUACACGGUCAACACUCGUUAAUGUGUAUAAAUGGAAGUCAGAGACAUUUAAAUCCCACUUACAUAUCGCCUUUAUUGUGAGGAACGCGCGUGUAAAGUCUUUCAGAGAAAGCCUAUGGAUAUCAGAGUGACGAAAAGCUGUGAUAAGGAAAAAACAGAACAUGAUAUGUCAACAUUUGUACCUGGAGUAUAUGCCAUUAUCAGCUUGGACGGACAGUGUUUCACUGUGAACUGUUAAUGCAUAUGACUUGUUGAAGUAUGCCAUAAGGCAUACUGUGUUUUAAAGCAGUAAAUCUGAUUUUAAGAGAUAGUUAGAUAGUAUGGCAUGCGUGGUAUUUACAAAGUAUAUAUAUGCCUAUUUUUCAGUAUACAUUUCCUGGCAUAUUCAUGUCCUCUUCAUAUUUUUAAUGUCAUUCAUCAUCAACAUAUUUAUCACACUUCUUCGAAUUUAAAAAAAAGUUGUUUUUUUUCUCCGAAAUACACAUUUUCUUUACACCUUUGGAGAACGUCACGGCAAAAUCAAAGACUCUGUAACAUCCACCUAAAUAAUACGCGUUGAAAAACCUGGAUGUUAUUUUAAGAAAAGCAUGCACGUCCUAUAUUACCUUAGGUCAAGUAAAUAGGUGUCGCAAGGCAUCAAAUUGCAGUUUAUUUUGUUGCUAUCCAUUAAAAUUAACAAUUAGUUUUGUCUAUAUGUCAAGCGUAUGUGUAUAUUGUGAAUGGAACCCUUGGAUUCCGAAGUUGUGUUUCAUAAAAUCUUUCUGAAAUAUACUUUUGCAGAAUACAUCAUUAUUUUUAAAGAAAUUACUAUUUUAUUGUACGUGGUUUAAGUGCAUAAAAAUAAUGACGUAAUGGAAAAAA